AAAAACUAGCUCGUUUUGCGCUCUUCUCUCUCCAAAUUCUCCCACUCAAUCAUUGUUGACACUUCAAAUCCAAGAUCUAGAUCGAAACAAGGAGCUCGCGGAGCAGAUAGGAGUCCAUUUCUUCGAUUCAUCGGAAAAAAUGGAGAUCGGUGAGUGUCAGGAGAUUGAUCUCGAACUUGAAGCCGACGAUCUCAUUGGGGAUUUUCAGCUCCCAGAAACUGUGGAUGCUAUAAAAGUAGGUGAUAGUGUUGGCUUUGAUGUGAAUGAUCGCUUGCCCGAACUGCAUGAGUCGUCAGAACCUGAAAGAAAGCAAAGAAAUGGAAGGUAUAACAUGCGAAAAAGCCUAGCCUGGGACAGUGCCUUCUUUACAAGUGCAGGAGUGCUAGACGCAGAAGAAUUGUCGAGCAUGAUUACCAAACCAGAUAAAAAGGAAAAGCAUAUGUUACCAGGGAUUCAAGAAGACCUUACAGGGUCAACUGAGUCUAUCUCCACUCUUCAAAGUGAUUGUUUGACUCUAGAAAGCAAUGAGGAUGAUUUGUUUAUGGACAUUAGAGCUUCCAUCCAAAGAUCCAGUAAGAAAGCAUCCAACUUCACUAAUUCAAGCCGUAAGCUACCAGCUAUGGUGCUAGAUGGCACAGCCCUUUCAUCCCCCAAGAAGGAAGAUUGUGUUUCUCCUCAAAAUAAGUGCCCAAAACCAUGUCUCAAGAAAACUAGUGGCCUGCAGACUGUCCGAACAUCAAAACCUCAGCUUAAACCAAUUGGGAAGCUAGCACCAGGAAGACCAAUCAAGCCGAAUCCUGCUCAAUCACAGGCUGGAUCUACUGGUAAAUCUGGAGAGAUGAAUUCAGUCGUUCCCAAACGACUCAAAACCAUUAGCAGUUCUGUUCCCUCCUCAACUGCAGCAAAGCGAGAGUCUGUUGGGACUAGUCGUCUCAAACCUGAAUUUGGAAGCUCUAGACAAGGAUCUGUCCCUGGCAAAGUCACUCAGCCACCCAAAGUAUCGGCAUUAGGUGGUACAAGAAAGGUGCAGCCAAAGCCUGCUGUAUCAUCAAAGUUUUCUUCAGUAGGCUCUUCAACUACAAGUAAUGUGCCUUCGACAAGGUCCUCUACUUCAAGUGACAGCUCUAUUAACACAUCCUCUGGCAAAGCUACUAAACCUACACUUAUGGUUGCAAGACGGAAUCUUGGCAAAAGCACCACCAGUGGUCCUGGCCCAUCUGGUUCCAUCCCUAAUACUCCAUCAAGAGCUCUACCAAAGAACAAACUGCCAGCUUCCAAUCUUUCAGCUUAUCUAAAGUCUACUAAGAUUUCCUCAAGUGUCUCACCAGCCAGUUCAAUUAGUGACUGGUCUUCAGUGUCAUCAACAACAUCUUCUGUGGCCAACCUACGAUCUAGUAACUCAAGGAGCAGUAUAGAUACCAGUUCUUGUAGGUCAGUGGAUGGUGAUAACCUGCGUUCGGAUCCAAGGCAUAUGGUAGCCGGUCGAAAGGCUGAAAGACAAGGAAUCCGGGGAGCUAUCUCAACUUGCAACACUUCAAAAAAAUCCACAGCAACAUCCGGUACCCUUCAGGUUCCUAUCAUACCAUCAGGAUUACGAUUGCCAUCAACGAAAUUUGGCUAUUUUGAUGGGUCAUCGUCUCGCACUCCUGAUGGAAAUCAGCGCUCUCAAUCUACAUUGCACCCUGUGAUUCCCAAGAAUGGUGCUGCUGCAUCCACUCCAACUCGAAGCUCAAAUGGGAAACUGAAAAGUGCAAAGGUUCCAACGGCUAGAAUGCCAACUUCUUUGGCUAACUUAAAGUCUCCAAAGGCUGCAUCCCCUUCCCCAUCUCAUGAAAAGUCACAUGGUUUGGUAAAAGCAUCUAGUGCUUCAAUGGAUGAGACUAAUUCUUCUAGCUUAUCUGCUGGAGUUAAAACUAGUGGAAUUGGAGAAACUUAUCAAGAAGCAGUGGAAGUUCAGGCUUAUAUCGAAGUUGCCACAGAUGCAGGUGCUGAUGACAUAGACAACUUAGGCAAAUUGAGGUUGACUAAAAACAUGACGCUUGAGGAUAUCAAAACUGCUACUGCUGAUGGUAACAAUGCUUUGGAAUCAGAAUCUCUCAGUCAAAUUGGGGAUGGUCUGGUUAUGAUGGAUGAGCUUAAGAUGAACUCAGUUUCAACUUAUGAAGCAGUAAAGAAAGAUGAAGAUCCUGCUAAUUAUCCAGAGGAAGGGGUCACUGGAGACAAGACAGGCAUAUGUGAAAAAAUUCUCGAGCCAAACUGUCAGCUUCCUACUGAUGCAUCAGAAUGUGCGUUCUCUUCUACUGCAGCUGCCUCCGAGGCUGCAGCCCGCAGAUCAGCUAUUUCUGUCAACGAUUUCUCCUGUGAUAGUCCAACAGAACUGGUUAUCCCGGUUGCAGUUGCAGAAGAUAUAAGUGUUGUAUUGCCUUCUUCAGGUUCAGAAUGUAUUGUACAAAUUGACAGUGAUCUAAUCAAGGACGAGCCUGAGAAGAAUUUGAUUCCAACCUCUGGAACAAAGGAAAAUGAUACUACCAAAUGUGAAAUGGGAGGAGGAUUAACCGAAGGGAACAAAGGCAUACAUCAGGAGCCGAACUGUCAACUUGUUAGUGAUACAUCAGAAUGUGCACUCUAUUCUACUGCAGCUGCGUCCGAGGCUGCAGCCUGCAGAUCACCUACUUCUCUCAACAAUUUCUCCUGUGGUAGCGAAUGUGUUGAUAACCCAACAGAGCUGGUUAUCCCGGUAGCAGUUGCAGAAAAUAUAAGUGUUGCAUUGCCUUCUUCAGGUUUAGAACAUUUUGUACAAAUUGAUGAUGGUCUAAUAAACAAGGACGAGCCUAAGAAGAAUUUGAUUCCAAACUCUGGAGCAACAGAGAAGGAUAAUGAUCCUACUAAAUGUCAAGGGAAGAGAGGAUUAACAGAAGAGAACAAUAGUGAUACAUCAGAAUGUGCACUCUAUUCAACUGCAGCUUCCUCCAAGGCUGUAGUACACAGAACCCCAUUUGCUUUAAAGAAUUUCUCCAGCAGUAAAGAAUCUGUGCUCUCUUCUACUGAAACUGCAUCCGAGGCUGCCUGCAGAUCACCUACUUCUCUCAAGAAUUUCUCCUAUCGCAGUGAAUGUGUUGAUAACUCAACAGAGCUGGUUAUCCCAGUUGGAGUUGCAGAAAAUAUAAGCGUUGCAUUACCUUCUUCAGGUUCAGAAGAUAUUGUACAAACUGACGAUGGUUUAAUCAUGGACGACGAGCCUGAGAAGAAUUUGACUCCAACCUCUGGAGCAACAGAGAAGGAAAAUAAUCCUACUAAAUGUGAAGGGGAAGGAGGAUUAACAGAAGAGAAUAAAGGCGUACAUCAAAAAGAUCAGGAGCCUAACUGUCAACUUGUUAGUGAUUCAUCAGAAUGUGCACUUUAUUCUGCUGCAGUUGCCCCCGAGGCUGCAGUAAACAGAACCCCGCUCUCUUCUACUGCAGCUGCCUCCGAGGCUGCAGCCUGCAGUUCACCUAUUUCUCUCAAGAAUGUCUCCUGUGGCAGCGAAUGUGUUAAUACCCCAACAGAGCUGGCUAUCCAAGUUGCAGUUGAACAAAAUAUAAGCAUUACAUUGCCUUCUUCAGGUUCAGGAUAUAUCUUUCAAACUGACGAUGGUCUAAUCAAGGAUGAGCCUAAGAAGAAUUUGAUUCCAGCCUCUGGAGCAACAAAGAAGGAAAAUGAUCCUCCUACUAAAUGUGAAGGGCAAGGAGGAUCAACAGAGGAGAACACAGGUGUAUAUCAAAAAUAUCAGGAACCGAGCUGUCAACUUGUUAGUGAUACAUCAGAAUGUGCACUCUAUUCAACUGCAGCUGCCUCCGAAGCCGUAGUACACAGAACUCCGUUUGCUUUAAAGAAUUUCUCCUGCAGUAACGAAUGUGUUGAGAAGUCUACAGAGGUGGUUAUCCAGGUCACAGUAGCAGAGAAUGCAUUGCCUUCUUCUGAGGAGAAAGAGAACAGCUGAUCUAGACUUUGUUCUCAGUUCAAUCAGAAUCAGUGAAGGUUGCUCAUGAUGCAAAUGAAGCCAUUUUCGCUCGACAUCGACUUGGGAAGAACAGGCACAAAGAGAAGGAUUUAUUUCUAUUUAUGAGUUGCCAACACAUGUUCUCUUACUUUCUUUUUGUUUUCUCAGUACUCAAAAAAUGUCUUAGAUUUGAUCUUACUGCUGUUGAUUGAUUUGCAUA